AUGUACUGCAUGUACCCCAAGGACCAUAAGAGGCCAGAACAGAUAGCCAUAGGAUCUCUGGUCCAGUCCCUUCUCCAGCAGCCCGUGGAGAAUUCGUCUCUCUAUGUCGCAAUUAUUUUCAAUAGCGGAUCCGGUGGUAAGGCUCCAAUGCUUGAUAAUGAGGACAUGCAAUAUAGAGCAACCGCACUUUGA